AUGGAGGGGAACAAGAUUGUUGCAUCUGGUAAUUUUUCACAUAUUCCCCAGGAAAUUAUGUUUGAUAUUCUCACAAGGGUUCCAUCAGCCAAGUCUCUAUUGCGAUUUAGGUGCGUUUCUAAAUCGUUUUGCUCUCUUAUAUCACAACCCUCAUUCGUUGAAGCACAUCUUCAAAAAGGUUCAUCAGAUCAUCUACUUGUCAGUUUCCCAUAUUACACCGGUAGAACUUUUAUUAGUUGUGAUUUAGAACAUAAAAAAUUCCAACUAGCUUUUUCCUUAUUCCAGUACUUGAAUGAGCCAUGUUUUCUUCAACUUGACCGUCUGGAAUCUCUCAAUGGCCUAGUUUGCCUAUGGAAUGAGAAUAAAGAUGUUGCUAUUUGCAAUCCUUUCACAAGACAACAUGUUUUUCUUCCUAGACUAAUUGAAAAAGUUCACCGGAGAUUAACUUGUUGCUACUUGGGUUUUGAUCCCACGACCAAAAAACAUAAAGUUCUCAGGGGAGAAGAACUGACCACUUUUGGUGGAACUCCGCGCUGGAGUAUCUUCACUCUUGGGAUGGACACGUCGUGGAGAGAGAUUCACUUUUAUGCCAAAGUUUUUCCUAUAAAGAACAAUUGGGUUCAUAUCAACGGGGUCAUUUAUUCUGCAGACUUUUAUGAAUUCUUAGUUGCUUUCAAUGUUGGAGAAGAAAAUUUUAGCAUGAUCUCGUUUCCUUGCCGGGUGAAAUUAGGCGAUGGACUUGUGUCACCAACUAUAGUGGAGAUAAAGGAAGAAGUUGCACUUUUAGAUCACAAGAGCCUUCGCAACGAUGACAAGAUUGUUGUGUAUGUUUUAAUUAGUAAUGGCUCAUGUGAAACAACAUGGGUGAAGAUGCAAACAAUUGAGCUACCAUCAGAGUUUUCCAAGAUAAAGGAGACAUUUAUGCACUGUCGAUUUACCACUACACCUAAAGGAGAGAUUAUAUUGAUUCCAUCCUUCAAGAUCAAUUGGAGUUGCAUGGAGUUUAUGUACUCGUUCGUGUUCUUCUAUGAUACUAGAAAGGAGGAAUGGAAAAAAAUUGAUUUAUGUGGAGUUGGUCAACGAAAUAUCGAAGAGGUGCGGAAUAGCGUUUGGCGUAAUCUUGUGGAGACUAUUCGCCCCUUGGAAUAA